AAAGCUCACCCUCCAGAUCUGAAAAAAAAAAAUAUGGACAAGAAGCUAUCACUGGAAUUAAAUGGUGGCAGACAUGUCCAAGGACAAUUGCAGGGAUUUGACCCCUUUAUGAGUUUUGUGAUAAAUAAAUGUAUGGAGAUGGCAACUAGUGGGCAACAGAAUAUUGUAAUGGUGGUAAUACGAGGAAAUAGUAUCAUCAUGUUAGAAGAUUUGGAACAAGUAAGAAUAACGGCUGUUCAGUAG